ACUAAGAUACCAAGGUAUUUUUCUUGUUGAUACUGUUGUUAUAAUUAUGAUUUUCAUUUUGUAAGUGAUGAAACUACAUCUAGGAAAGAUGUAAAAGUGGUUUUAACUAGUUUAGCCAAUAAAUGGCAAAGCCAGGAUUCAAAUGAAGUGCUCUGAUUUCUAAUGCAAUUUUUCCCCCCUGGCUUUUCUAGAGGAAAAUGAAUUAAUGGAAGUUUGUUACUCAAAGAUUUCAUGAGAGUUCAAAGUACAAAGAUGCCUAGAGAGAGGAAAUUCUAGAGAGAGAAGUGAACAGCUGUAUAAAUAUUUCUCAACAGGAGAAUAUUUUGGAUAUAUCUUUAAACUUCUGAUCGUGUCACACACGACAACCAUCAGCCUCUUGCAAAACAUUCUUCCCAGGAGUGGGAUGAAGUGUGGCUCUGAUGUCGGCAUUACUUAUUAUCUGAUAUUUUUAUAUACAUCUUGCCAUUCAUAAAAAGGCUGCUAUUGCUUGUUAAAAACAGAACCAAACACUCAUCAGUGAAAAGCUUGAUAAUUUGAUGUUGGUGUUCAGACUUUGGUGUCUUGGGUUCCUUUUUGAGGUCUGACUUUCUCAAAGCGAUGAGGAAUCUGUCAGUAGUGACUGAAUUUAUCCUGCUGGGCAUCCCACACACCGAGGAUCUAGAGACUAUGCUCUUUGUCCUGUUUUUGUGCUUCUAUAUCUUCACUCUUAUGGGGAACCUGCUCAUCCUACUGGCGAUUAUCUCCUCCACUCGGCUUCACACUCCUAUGUACUUCUUCCUGUGUCAACUGUCUGUGUGCGACAUAUUUUUCCCUUCUGUGAGUUCCCCCAAGAUGCUCUUCUACCUCUCAGGGAAUAGCCGGGUCAUCUCCUAUGCAGGCUGCGUGUCCCAGCUCUUCUUCUACCAUUUCCUGGGCUGUACCGAGUGCUUCCUGUACACAGUGAUGGCCUAUGACCGCUUUGUCGCCAUAUGUUACCCGCUACGCUACACGGUGAUAAUGAGCCACAGAGUGUGUGCCAUCCUGGCCAUGGGGACCUCCUUUUUUGGCUGCAUUCAGGCCACCUUUCUAACCACUCUCACCUUCCAGUUGCCCUACUGUGGCGCCAAUGAGGUGGACUAUUUCUUCUGUGAUAUCCCGGUGAUGCUGAAGCUGGCUUGUGCUGAUACCUCAGCCCUGGAGUUGGUGGGCUUCAUCAGCGUGGGCCUCAUGCCCCUCAGUUGCUUCCUUCUCAUCCUCACCUCCUACAGUCGCAUUGUUUACUCCAUCCUGCAGAUCCGCUCUGCAGAGGGCCGACGCCGUGCCUUCUCCACCUGCAGUGCCCACCUCACUGCCAUCUUGCUUUUCUACAUGCCAGUGGUCCUCAUCUACCUGAGGCCAACCCCAAGCCCCUGGCUGGAUGCAACUGUUCAGGUCCUGAAUAACCUGGUCACCCCUAUGCUGAACCCCUUGAUCUACAGCCUCAGGAAUAAGGAAGUAAAGUCAUCUCUGAGGAAGGUGCUAUAUCACUUGGGCUUCCUUCCUGAGCAGUUGUAG